ACCGCUACCACUUCCACAUGAUAUUAACAUAUUCCCUACCCUCUGCCCCCCCCUUCGUCACACUUUACACUUUCUUGUCAUCUCACCCUUUCGCCCAUCCCAUCCGUCAACAUCCGACACCACCAAAACUAUUUCCUCCUCACAGCCACAGCCUAACUCAUCAGACAGGGCAGACUCGUUGCACUUUGCACAUCCACUCUCCAGCUAUUCUUGACUUGAGCUGGUAUUCAUACCGGCUUUAGCGGAAUAAGCUGCAAUCGGAGUCGUGUUACAGCCCAAGUCUCCUCACAUCGCCUCGCCUCGCUGGACGUGGGAAAUUGUCUCCUCACUUUUCAGUGUGUUCGCCCCCCCCUCCCGAACAGGCGCAGCAUAAUCGCGCGU